UGGGAAACCUUAUUUCAGGGUGUGUUUUUCGGCAAAAACAAGGUCAGUGGAGCAAAUUCAAUUUCAAUGACAGAGCAAAACACCACCAAGACCCACAAAAAUCUUGAAAUCCCAGAUCAAGAAACUCUUCACCCUGGUACUGAAAAAAAUCCCAUGAUUGAAAAUAAACAAGUAGUAGAAGAAGAAGAAUUAAAGAGACUUUUGGUGCCCAAUGUAGAAGAUUUGCCCCCCUCUCCUCCCUCUGCUGUAGAGUCCAACUUUACGACCUACUUUCUUCCAGAUUUUUUCUAUCCUGGAAAUGAUCAGUAUGUUCACCGUCAUGCCAACGGGUUGUGCGUAAUCGGUUUGGCUCCAUAUCAUGUGGCAUUUAAGGAUGAAUUGGGAAUAUCGAACGUCAGUUUCGAUGUAGGGAGGACUGAUAGGAGUACAAUUAAAGUCACUGGAAAACGAAAAAAGAAUGCACAACAUCUUCAUGAGAAUACAGCACUGUGCAAAGUGUUCGCGGGGGAUGUUACUUACAUAGCGAGAUGCUGUGUAAAAGGCUCUCUACUGGAAGUCAAUGAAAGGUUAAUCAAGCACCCACAAUUGCUUAAUUCAUCGGCAAAUAGAGAAGGCUACAUUGCAAUUAUCAUGCCAAAGCCUGCAGAUUGGCUCAAAGCCAAGGCUUCUAUGCUCAGCUUUGAAGAAUAUCAAAAGUUGAGAGACUUGCUGAUUAUUUAGGAAAGACUGGCUUCUGAUUUUGCAAAAGCAUACGUUAUAUACUUCAAAUGGUCUGCAGUUUUAGAGAUAUUUAAACAAUUUUGAUGGUAGACAAUGGGAAUAAACUUUUGAAAGCUUGGGAGCUAGCAUUGAAAAAAUAGUUCCCACCGUAUCAUUAUUGUAAGAUUUGAAUCCAUAAACUGCUCAGAAUUGGAAGUCAUUUCUAGAUGUGAUUUUUGCUUUUAUGCUGUAAUUAUGUUUUAUAGCAUUAGCCACUUGUGCCUGAUUUGUUCUGCCAUUGAUACCGUAAAAGAAAACAUGAUAUGUGCGAUGA